GCCCAGCCCGCCCGCGAGCCAUGACGACCGCGGGCCGAGGGGCGCUGCUCGCGCUGCUGCUGCUGCUGCUGGCCGGGGCCAGGCCGUGCCCCGCCGCCUCGCCGCCGGCCCCGCCGCGCUUCAACGUGAGCCUGGACGCGGCCCCCGCGCUGCGCUGGCUGCCGGUGCUGCGGCACUACGACCCGGACUCGCUGCGCGCCGCGGUGGCGCAGGUCAUCGGGGACAGAGUCCCCCGGUGGGUCCACGCAGUGAUCGGAAAGGCGGCCCCGGAGCUGGAGCAGCGCCUGCCGCAGCCCUUCACCGGCGAGAUCCGCGGCAUGUGCGCCUUCCUCAACCUCAGCCUGGCCGACUGCCUGCUCGUCAACCUGGCCUACGAGUCCUCCGCAUUCUGCACCAGUAUCGUGGCUCAAGACUCCAGAGGCGGCAUUUACCAUGGUCGGAAUCUGGAUUAUCCUUUUGGAAAUAUCUUACGCAAGUUGACUUUGGAUGUGCAGUUCUUAAAGAAUGGACAGGUGGCUUUCACCGGCACCACUUUCGUCGGCUACGUGGGAUUGUGGACCGGCCAGAGGCCACACAAGUUCACGGUUUCUGGCGACGAACGAGAUAAAGGCUGGUGGUGGGAGAACGCGAUCGCUGCCCUUUUCCAGAGACACUCUCCGGUCAGCUGGCUUCUCCGCACCACGCUGAGUGAGUCGGAAAACUUUGAAGCCGCUGUUUACAAACUGGCCAAGACGCCCCUGAUUGCUGACGUCUACUACAUUGUUGGGGGCACGUCCCCCCGGGAGGGAGUGGUCAUCACGAGGAAGAGAGGUGGCCCGGCAGACAUUUGGCCCCUAGAUCCUUUGAAUGGAGCGUGGUUCCGAGUUGAGACGAAUUAUGACCACUGGAAGCCAGCACCUAGGAGCGAUGACCGAAGAACACCUGCCAUCAGAGCCCUCAAUGCCACGGGGCAGGCAGGCCUCACCCUGGAGGCGCUUUUCCAGGUUUUGUCAGUGGUUCCGGUUUGUAACAACUUCACAAUUUAUACUACGGUGAUGAGUGCUGCCAACCCAGACAAGUACAUGACUAGGAUCAGAAACCUGAGUUGAAAAUGAUUUUUUAAAAAUGAAAUUCUUGAGGAGCUGCACUUUGGAAAAUAAGACAAAGUGAAAACAUGGUAUUAUGAACAACACAGGCGUCUUCCUCACUUAGCUUUCCAGUCUUGUGAAGUCGGGGCCAGGGGAUCACUGUGGAACUUGGGGUGGUGAGGCGGAUGACAGGCUUUGUCCUGCAUCCUUUCCCUUCAGGGCUUGCCCUGACCCUCGCUCAGCUUCUGUCCCGGCUGGAAAAAACUCAAAGAUAAUUGGUCUCAGACGUCAAGCCAUAUCCUCAGGCUUCGGUUCCAGCUUUCUGUUAUCACCCCCCAGUGCUCACUAAAGGAAGGAGCUGGCGAGACCUCUUUGUUCAUUGUGACGUGCUUCUGGAAUAGCCUAAGAGAAAAGGUUCUUCUGAAAGAAAUGAGAACUCCAGUUUGAAUAGAGCCUGUUUGAAUGUGUGUUAGUCUGACUUUUGAUCACGUAUUUCCAUGUAAUGGGAUCUUCAUUUUUUGUAAUGUUUCUUCUAAUGUUUUUUGAAAAACCUAAGGGACCUCCUUUUUCCUAAAUAGCUACUUUGUUACUGCUUUUCAAAAGUAAUAGGAAACCAAAUUAUUUCUUAUUGUAACUUACCUUUAGUUAAUAGAAUGUCAAAAGAGAUGUUAGCAAGGAGAA